CACUUCGACAGAAAACAUUUGUGUAAAACGUCUUUUGGAAUAAUAUCUGCAUUUAUUCAAGAAAGUCAAUAGAAGCUGCAUUUGUUACAGUAUGGCUAUGCUACCAACUUUGAUGCUGGUUGUUGUCUUUGGGGUAUGCUUCAAAUUGGUGUCUUCGCAACUUUUGACGUCUGUUCCAAGGAACGUGAUAACAGCUACAAACACCAGGAACACACAAAACAUUCAGAGUACAGACAGGAAGAGACUUGGUUGCGUGUUGCAGCCAGUUCCAAACUCUAUAAAUAAGUACCGAGUUCACCUGUUCUCCCUCGGAACGUCACUUGACUUCUACUGUGCUCAAGGAACUAUAUUUUACCCGGAAAAAUGUGCCUGCGAUUGGCCCAAAGACAGGAACAUGGUGCUACCUAAGGUUCCUACCACUAGUCGACCCCAAACGAGGCCUUUCCCGGACCGGACCAUGAGACCAGGACGAAGACCGGUCAUUGACAACGUUCGACCUCUCAUGACAACCACACCAGAACCAUGCAGAUUUCGUCCAGACCCAGACAGGAACUUUUACCAGGAGUUUGUGAUUGGAUUCAAUUGGAGUAAGCGCCCCUGUCCUAUUGGCACUCUAUUCAGAGAGGAGACGUGUAAAUGUGAUGAUAUCGCCCCAGUCUCAAGCCUACGAUGCCGAGCAGAACUCUACGUUCCAUUUGACGUGAUGCCUAUUGCUGAUGGUGCCGGGACCAGUAUUCCCAUCGGUAACAACGGUAACGUGGACUCUGUAGCGAACGCUGGCCGGUUUGACGGUAGUGGCCGCCUUACCAUCUGGAUGUAUUCAAAUAUGGACUUUGGCGAACUUUUGACAAUUAACCUGAGGUUCUACGAUUUCCCAGGAGGACCUGAGGAACAGGUGUUAGUGUCGAAUUGUUUCGACAAGGAGCUGGGGUCCAUUGAAAUUGCCACGCGUCCUCGAAAAAAGGAAGUUGUGUUCCGGGGCAACACAGCGCUGUCUGGUCCGGUAGAGAUAACACUGCCUUAUCAGGAAAAGAUGUGGAAGAAUGUGACGUAUGCUUAUGACGGGUCCACUUUGACUGGAAAGGUCAAUGAGGAGGAGAAAUCUAUCCCUCUUAGAGGAAAUCUUGAUAUCAGAUUUAGUGGAUUCGAAAUAGGAAUGUGUAACGGGCGCGGAUACGUGGGCUAUGUGGAUGAGUUGAGAGUGUAUAGAUGCGUGAACCAUUUUGGACUGACACGACCGAAUAGCAAUUUUGGAUUUACGAGACGAGUCAAAUAGCGGUUACGAAAAAUGAAUAGCAGCACUGUUUAAAUGUUUUGUCAUUUUAUUAGUCUAUUAGGUAUAUUUACUGCAGCAUGUUGAUGAGGAACAAAGACAUUUAACUUGGGUGAUUUCAUAUUAAAAAAACCCGAGAGUAAGUGUUUUUUUGUCCUACAUGAUGCCAUGUUUGUCGUAUUCAACAAUAAAAAUUGUGUAUGUAAAUCAGGCGUCAGGUAAUCGUGUAAUCUGAAUGGAGAAAUGAAUUUCUUGAGAUGACAACGGAACAAUGUGUGCUCGUUUUCAUGUAUCUUUCGAUAAAAUACUGUCGAUAAAGAGUCGAAUUUCGUUAAUUCUGUCAACACUAAUGUUGUCACACUGUCAAACCAACGUUUUAGUGGGCAGAUUUGUCUUUUUUUACACGCAUUAGUCCCAGUCACACAGCUGUCUCACUGUCCAGCUACUGUUCAUAGGAAGAAACAUGAACGGUAUAUCGCGGACCAACUGUAUAUGUUUAAAAUGUCAUAGCCGUGUAAGAUAACAGAGUCUCCGUGAAUUGUCAGUAUUAGCAUAGCUUUAAUUGGGCCUGGAACAUUCUUAUAGCAAAUUAACUCAAACGUUAUAAAAUCUGUAACGUCACUUCAUAUCUACUGUACAGGUGCAUACAAAUAUAGAUAUCAUGUAUAUAACUGAUUCAUAUAUCACAUAUACAAAUCUCGGAUGUAGACCUCAUAAAAAGAGCACAUGUACAAAGACCCAACCUCAUUAAAAUCAAAUUGAAAAAGAUGUUUGAAAAGAAAACAGUGCGCCUUGCUGAAAGCAUGCUUAUUUGUGUAACCGAUCAAUCUGAUUCCAUCGUAGUCGAUGUUAACCAUACGUUACAUAACAAUGAUUUGUUUGGAGUAUUAAGUGGACAUUUUGAAUUAGAAAUUCCUAUUAGCCAGUAACUACCGUAAGCCGUUAGAUAUACAAACACAUCACCAAUGGGAAAUUGAAUAAUUGGAUUCUAUUGGAUAUAGUACAACAACAGCUAAUGAUAACCUCAACCUGAUGGAAUACCUAACGACUGUCACGUGUCUACUGAGACGUCAUGUGUCUACUGAUAUAAUGACUUGUCUAUCAAUCAGUAGUUUUUGUGUGUGUCUGUGUGUAAAUCAGUUAGCUGGUUUUUUACAAGCAAUCACUUGUACAUUUUAAGAUAAGAUAUAAACAUAAAGCUUGCUUUUUGUACGUAUAUGCAAAUGUAGAUUUCGUAAUAGUUCGUUGGCCUUUGUAAGUAUUAUAACUGGUGGCCAAAUAUACAAUUUAGAUUUGGUCCUCUCAACCGUCGAAAGUUGCAAAGUUAAUAUCUGUGUUUGAUUAAGAACCUCUGAUAAAAUAUCUUUAUAAUCGAACUCUUUAAUGUAUUGUGCUGCCUAAGCUUAGGCAAAUAUUUAUCAUCACGUGACAAUUUAUCAUUACGUGACAAUAAUUUUGAAUCUGACUAUAUUCACGGCUAUUUGUGUAUCAGAUGAAUGCAUUUUAAAUAUGGCUUACAUUUUGGCUAAGCCGAGUGUAUAGGUUCUUAAUUUUCACAUGUAUUUCCCUGUUGUAUUCACAUACUAACAACGGCUGUAUGAGGGAUAUACUUGAGAUAUAUAUAUUUGAAUAGCUAAAUGCUUGUGUACCACAGGGUGAAAACGUGUAUACAGAUAUAUUGUAAUAUUACGAAAUACUGAUUCAAUAAAAGUUCAU